AUGGCUCCCACAGGCCAGCAGGACACCAAGCCCCAGGCCACAAGGGUCUUCCCCAACAACCCACAGGCCGCCCCUGAGUCCUUGGACCCCCGCACCCUACGGCUGCUGUGGGGACAGCGGGAGCUGGAGAUCCAGGCCCUUCGGUGGGCUGUCCAGAGCGGCCGGGAUGAUCGGCACAACUACAUCCUGGAGGAGGUCGCUGGGCUUCCCCCAGACAGAAGCUCCCGAAAUCAGGAAAAGGUCCUACAGAACCUGGUGCAGAAGCUGACACUGGAGCUGAACGAGCAGAAGAAUCUAGCCCAGCUGGAGAAGGAGCAGCUAGAGCAGCGGCUGCAGCAGACCACGCAGGCGCUGCAGCAGCUGGAGGAGGAGCUGCAGGCCUUCCAGAAGUCCUGCCUCCUGCGGCUGGCCGCCUCCUCCUGGGUGGGCCGCAUUCUGCGGUCCCAGACCGGCAGCAUGGAGGUGGUGACAGCAGAGACCUUAAUGGACCCCAGUGACUCCUCUGAGAGUGAGCUGCCCCCCACCGGUGGGGAGGGUUUCCAGCUGAAGGAUGUGGACUGGAACAGUGUCGCCCAGCGGUACCCCAACCUGUUUACUGAGGCAGCCCUCUCAGAGCACAAGCAGCCACGGCCACCACCACAGCCCCCGCAGUACGAAUGGGACUCCAAGUCACCCCUGGAACACAUGCAGAGCCACACUAACAGCGUGGGGUGGAGCGCCCUGCCCCUGUCAGACUCCAGCAGCUCCGGGACCACAGAUUCCGACUCCAGAAGUUCCGAGCUGUCCAGGCCCUCUCCUGUGGAGAAGGUAACAGGACACCCACCUGAAGACCUGCCCCACUUCUCCUUCAAACGGACCGAGGCAGAGAAGACCCUCACGACAGAUGUGCCCACAGGACCUGCAGAUCUCAGAAAAGCCCUCGUGGACCAGCCCAAACACAUCAUCCUGCCAUCCGAGGCCACUGAAGACUGCAGCAACCUGCCUUCUGGGUACCGCAGAAGACUGCUAGGCUCCUGCCUGAAGAUUGUGGCUGUCAACCGCCGUGAGAAGUUCAUUCGUGUCCUUAACCAGUCACUGGAGGAGACAGUGAAUCUGGACGGCUUCGUGCUGCAACAGCUUGUCCGCAACUUCCCUGUGUGCAUGUACCGCUUCCCACCUGAGACGCUGCUGAAGCCGCUGCACCAUGUCACGGUGUGGGGUGAGGGGGCCAGCAGCACCAAGAAGCACCCGCUAGAGUCCUUGGGCAGGAAGUCGGUCUACUACCACUCCAGCCGUGGCUUUGUGACCCUCCUGCUGAACCCCAAGGGCGAGGUCCUUAGCGAGUAUCAGGCCCCGCACUGUGUGACCCCUGUCUCCAAGAUCUCUGACGACACCGACUUGUCCAUCGACCGCUUCCCUCUUUCCAAGGACCCUCCGGGCGCUGACACCUGCCAGCGGCGGUGCCAGUCUCGGCCCCAGCACAAGGGCAGUGCUCGGAAGUCCUGGGCGGAGCGCUGGAGGCAGAGGACGCAGGUCUUCCUGCCCCACCUGAGGCCCAACAAGCCCAUCCAUCCGCGAGAGGCGCUGGGGCGGGCCGAGGGUGCCGACACCCUGGAGCCCCUGCCCACCAUCCCGGGUGAGGGCGUGCAGGCCCGGAGGGGUGCGGGGCUGGCAGGACGCGGGCCAUCCUUCUCCCGCACACAGGCCAGGCCGGGCCUCGACCACAGCCAGGCCAGGGAGGAGAACACGGUCCGGGUGUGCCGGAAGGGCGUGGACCGGAGCUGCCCCAUGGUGGCCCUGUCGGUCCAGCGCACCGCCCAGAGCAGAUUCGGCUUCCGCUUUCUGUGCUGCCCUCCCAUCACUGCGGACUCGUGCGGGCGGGUGUAA